UCUCCAUGGCUGGAAAUGGACGGAAAAACCAAUGCCACCAAAAACCAACCGCCAGAAAAGCACAUUGAUUUGAAACGAACAUUGUUCUCUCCGCUUCCUUGCUACAAAAUCUCCAAACCCAACCCAAAAACCUCUCGAAUUCACACUCAGUAAUCAACAAUGAUUCAGCAAUCGCUCUUCAACCCACCUUCGAUCCCGUUCUCAACAACAACAACAAAACGCUCCCGUUUCCACCACCCUCCUUCCGCCUCCGCGAAGCUGACGACGACGACGGAAUCGGAGCAGCAGAAGAGUGGGCUUGGACCGUACACGGGGAGAGACCCGAACGUGAAGAAGCCGGAAUGGUUGAGACAGAAAGCUCCUCAAGGCGAAAGGUUCCAGCAGAUUAAGGAUUCAUUGUCACAUUUGAAGCUCAACACUGUUUGCGAGGAGGCUCAGUGCCCCAACAUUGGAGAGUGUUGGAAUGGAGGUGGAGAUGGUAUCGCGACUGCGACGAUCAUGCUUCUUGGAGAUACUUGCACCCGUGGCUGUAGAUUUUGCGCUGUGAAGACAAGUAGAAACCCGGCGCCUCCUGAUCCGAUGGAGCCGGAGAAUACUGCCAAUGCCAUUGCAAGUUGGGAUGUGGAUUACAUUGUCCUAACAAGCGUGGAUCGUGAUGAUAUACCUGAUGGAGGAAGUGGCCAUUUUGCUCAGACUGUCAAAGCUAUGAAGAAUCUCAAACCUGAGAUCAUGGUGGAGUGCUUAACCUCUGAUUUUCGGGGUGACCUUACGGCUGUAGAAACUUUGGUUCACUCAGGUUUAGAUGUUUUUGCUCACAAUGUUGAGACAGUCAAACGGCUCCAGAGAAUUGUUAGAGAUCCCAGGGCUGGGUAUGAGCAAAGCUUGUCAGUUCUGAAACAUGCAAAACAUAGCAAGGAGGGUAUGAUAACCAAAACUUCAAUAAUGCUGGGCCUUGGAGAAUCCGAUGAUGAGCUUAAGGAAGUGAUGGCUGAUUUGAGGGCCAUAGAUGUGGAUAUUUUGACACUUGGUCAAUAUUUGCAGCCAACUCCCUUGCACUUGACUGUAAAAGAGUAUGUUACUCCUGAGAAGUUUGCUUUCUGGAAAGAAUACGGGGAGUCGAUUGGUUUUCGUUAUGUAGCUAGUGGGCCACUGGUGCGAUCUUCGUAUAGGGCUGGGGAACUGUUUGUCAAGACAAUGGUACGAGAGAAGACCAAGAAUGAUGGUAAAUCGUUGUAAGCGUUGGCUCUUAGAUUAUGUGUAUUAUUUGGACCAACAGCUGAAGAGAUUUUCACAUGCGCAAUGCUGCGGAGGAAAAUGGUUUGGAGUGGAGAGAGUACUCUUGAUGAUGUCAAAUAGAUUUUGAUGUCUCUAAACAGCCGAUGAUUAUACAUGUAAGUUAGAAUUUAGAGAGUAAGAGAGAACCAAAAAUCCAUAAACAUCAUAGCGCGAGAACUAUAAUCGAUUUACUUUAGAGAAGGUUAUUUUCUCUUAUUGUAUUUGUAAUAUUCUUUGUGUAAAAACGAUGAGAAAUCUCUUGGUGGCCAUGCUAAUUCUUGAAAUAAGUUAAAUUUAUAUAGAUUGAUAUUUAAAGGAA